GCAGGGAGGGCUGGCCCCCAGUGAGGGCGGGGAGAUGACACAGUUGUUCCCCAGCCCUGGCUGGCGGGCAGCAUGGUUCAUUCCAACAUGGGGGCUCCAGAAAUAAGAAUGUCUAAGCCCUUAGAGGCCGAGAAGCAAAGUCUGGACUCCCCGUCAGAGCACACAGACACCGAAAGAAAUGGACCCGACAUUAACCAUCAGAACCCCCAGAAUAAAGCGUCCCCAUUCUCUGUGUCCCCAACUGGCCCCAGCACCAAGGUGGGCAUUCUCUCUGGCCUCCACUUAACAUUCUGGGGUCCCGGACCCUGCCUCUCUCCUCCCCAGAUCAAGGCUGAAGACCCCAGUGGUGAUUCAGCCCCAGCAGCACCCCGCCCCCCCCAGCCGGCUCAGCCUCAUCUGCCCCAGGCCCAACUCAUGUUGACGGGCAGCCAGCUAGCUGGGGGUAAGUAUCUGGCGAAGGACCGUCUCUCCGCUCUGAUACCCGCUCAGCAGCAACUCCUCCUUCAGCAAGCUCAGGCCCAGCUGCUGGCCGCCGCUGUCCAGCAAUCCAGCGCCGCUGCCCGCCAACGCUGCCCGCCGCCGCCCGCUGCCGCCUCCACCUCCUCCUCCACCUCUUCCGCCUCCUCCUCCACCUCGCAGACCCCAGCCUCCUCUGGGGGAGGCGACCUGCCACCAUCACAGCCUACCAGCCAACCCCCAGGGACCCCGCAGCUCACCUUGACCCAACCCAUCCAGCUCACAGCACAGGACAUACAGCAACUUCUCCAGCUGCAACAGCUGGUGCUCGUCCCCGGCCACCACCUCCAGCCACCUGCUCAGUUCCUGCUGCCACAGGCACAGCAGAGUCAGCCAGGCCUGCUACCAACGCCAAAUCUAUUCCAGCUACCUCAACAAACCCAAGGAGCUCUCUUGACCUCCCAGCCCCGGGCCGGGCUUCCCACACAGCCCCCGAAGUGCUUGGAACCGCCGUCCCACCCAGAGGAGCCCAGUGAUUUGGAGGAGCUGGAACAGUUCGCUCGCACCUUCAAGCAACGCCGCAUCAAGCUGGGCUUCACACAGGGUGAUGUGGGCCUGGCCAUGGGCAAGCUCUAUGGCAACGACUUCAGCCAAACGACCAUUUCCCGCUUCGAGGCCCUUAACCUGAGCUUCAAGAACAUGUGUAAACUCAAGCCCCUCCUGGAGAAGUGGCUCAACGAUGCAGAGACUAUGUCUGUGGACUCAAGCCUACCCAGCCCAAACCAGCUGAGCAGCCCCAGCCUGGGUUUCGACGGGCUGCCCGGGCGGAGACGCAAGAAGAGGACCAGCAUCGAGACGAAUGUCCGCUUCGCCUUAGAGAAGAGUUUCCUAGCGAACCAGAAGCCUACCUCAGAGGAGAUCCUGCUGAUCGCCGAGCAGCUGCACAUGGAGAAGGAAGUGAUCCGCGUCUGGUUCUGCAACCGGCGCCAGAAGGAGAAACGCAUCAACCCUUGCAGCGCGGCCCCCAUGCUGCCCAGCCCGGGAAAGCCGACCAGCUACAGCCCUCACCUGGUCACACCCCAAGGGGGCGCAGGGACCUUACCAUUGUCCCAAGCUUCUAGCAGUCUGAGCACAACAGUUACUACCUUAUCUUCAGCUGUGGGGACGCUCCAUCCCAGCCGGACAGCAGGAGGGGGUGGGGGUGGGGGCGGAGCUGCGCCCCCCCUCAAUUCCAUCCCCUCUGUCACUCCCCCACCCCCGGCCACCACCAACAGCACAAACCCGAGCCCUCAAGGCAGCCACUCGGCUAUCGGCUUGUCGGGCCUGAACCCCAGCACGGGAAGCACAAUGGUGGGGUUGAGCUCUGGGCUGAGUCCAGCCCUCAUGAGCAACAACCCUUUGGCCACUAUCCAAGCCCUGGCCUCUGGUGGAACCCUGCCCCUUACCAGCCUUGAUGGCAGCGGGAACCUGGUGCUGGGGGCAGCCGGCGCGGCCCCAGGGAGCCCCAGCCUAGUAACCUCGCCUCUCUUCUUGAACCACACCGGGCUGCCCCUGCUCAGUGCCCCUCCAGGCGUGGGCCUGGUCUCCGCAGCGGCCGCAGCCGUGGCAGCCUCCAUCUCAAGCAAGUCUCCUGGCCUCUCCUCAUCUUCGUCCUCAUCAUCCUCCACUUGCAGUGAGGUGGCAGCACAGACCUCUGGAGGCCCGGGGGGACCCGAGGCGGGGUCCAAGGCUGAGUGAGAGCCGACCGUUCCUCCCCUCCUCCUCCUCCUCUGAGUCCCCUGACCUUGGUCCCCUGCCCGAGAGAGGGUGAGGAGGCUGGUGGGGGAAUCCUUGGAGCAGGAGUGACGAAGGAGGAAAAGACCAAAAAUCCAACCAAAAUGAAAAAACGAAAAACAAAACAAAACAAAACAAGCCAACAACAAAAACAACAAAGAACUCAACCAACGAAAAAGAAAACCAAAAAGAUUCACAACAGAAACCAGCUGCCCGAAAGGAACCAGACAUGAGAAACAAACAAACAAACAAACAAACAACACCUCCAAACUAACCGAACACCCCCAUCCCCAAACCAAACAAACCAAAAAACCAGUCUUGAGCCAGAUCUUGGAGUGCUCACUGCUAUGACACCAAAUAAGAACCUUCAGCCAGGGGUGGAGCAGCCUCCAGCAGGCCGGACCUCCUGCCGCGCGCGCGGAGCCCUGGCUGUGGGGCCACCUCCUAACCUUACCCCACGGGGUGGGCAGAGAAGGAACCAGAGAAUGUGCCAGCUUUUUGGCCCAGGCCAGCUCUAGGCCAGCGGAGACAGGUACUGCCUGGAGCAGCAGGCCCAGGGCCCAGAGCCACCUACCAAAUGGUCUUUUCCAGAAGGUAAAAGAAAGGACCGGAACAACCUUACACCAAAUACUCAGUAGCUUCAUCCAAAGGAUGUACAGAGUUUUUAGCGUUGCGCCCAACAGAAUGUGUGCCCUUCUAUGUGUUCCCUUUUCCCCAGCCUCCCCCAGAUCUCCCCAACAGGACAGGGGGUCUCACUUUACCCCCCCCCCCCCGUCCCGUCACCCCCAGCCUGGGGAGAGUUCAGAGGAAGGCCUGGGAACGGGCCUUUUUGUCCUCUGCCCCUUCCUUUCUCCCUUUGAAGGGUGAGCUAGGCCAUUUUUUUGCCAAGUUCCAGCUCUCAAAAGCCCCUCCUCAGCGCCCCCCCCCUGUCACCUUUCUGCCUCUGGAGUCUGCCUCCUCCCCAGUCUGUGGGGAGGUGGUCAGUUCGAGCAACGGGGGACACGGCGAGGGCACCCAAGCUGUCUUUCUUCCCAUCCUGUCUGUCAGUUUCCCUGAAAAAAAAAAUCAUAUUCCAGUGCCUAUCUGUGGGAUCUUCACGUUCUCUGACAUUAACCAGAAACCAAAAAGAUGAACUCGCCUCAGUCCGCCCACCCUAUGCCCCUUAUGUCACUGGGGGGGCAGAUACCUCUCCCUUCCCUCCCCACCCUCCAAUGUACACAUGCACACACCCCAGUGGUGGGCUCCUCCGGAUAGCAUCUCCAUCAGGGACCGCAUGGUGGUGACAUCACCAUGACCUGUGGUUCCCCAUGCAAGUGGCUACCACUCCCACGAGACCUCCACGAGUCUUGGCUGGACCUUGUAUUUGCCUAGCUCUGGACAUAUCUCUACAGUGGACAGAGGAGAUGCUACCAGGAGUCACCAUGCCCUCCUACCAUGGAGGCCAACAAAGUUUUGAACCAAAAAAAAAAAAAAAACCAAAACAAACAAACAAAAAACACACAAAAUCCAACAAAAAACAAAAACAGAAACCAAACAAUAAAUUAAAACUAGAAAAAAGAAUUUAUAGAUAUAUAUAUAUAGAUUAUAUAUAUAUAUAUAUGGGAAAGAAGAUGAGGACUCUUCAAGACAAGAAUGAACCGCAGGUGGAACCAGAGCGAUCCAGGCCUUUGGUUGUCUAUGCGGAUGGAAUGAUGGACGCUUCUUUCUCUUCACAAAUACCUCAUGGACGUCGUUGUCUUUGGAAAGCCGGAGGGGGUGUGGCUGGGGCAGGGCCUGUCCCUCAGCCAGGGUGGAUGGAAGCGGGUGGGUGUGGCUGAGAGAGGGUGUCAGGGACAUGGGUGAAGAGCCCAAGCUCCCUCCCUGCCAAUCAACUGAAAAAGCUUUAAAAGAAAAAGGAGAAGCAAAAAAGAAUGGACGAAGGAAAACCAACUGUUGGGUGGUUUGAUUCCCUGAGUUUGUAUUUGUUUCUGUUCUCUAUCUCUCUCUCCCUCUCCGUCUCUCUGUCUCCCUCCCUCCCUCUCUCUCUCCCUCUCUCUCCCUCCCUCCCUCUCUCUCUCUCCCUCUCCCUCUCUCUCUCUCUCUCUCUCUCUCCCUCCCUUCUUUGUUCUAACUCUUGACCUCCUUUCUGUAUCUCUCUUCAAACCAAAGUGUUGCUGUGAAGGACGCGAGCCAUUGAAAUCAGAGUGGCCCCUGCCCCUGGCUGGGCAGGGGCAAAGGAAGGGGAGGAAAACUGGGCGACGCCCUGGGCCUCCCCUUCCACCGUGGACACUCCAAGGAGAGGCACCCAGAGCCCUCAGGCCUCAGCGUUCUCUUUUCUUCUGGUCUCCCUUCUCUCACCCAGAACAAAAUUGUCGGGCUGGGUUACAGAGGCAGCAAAAAACUAACUCUAGGCCAAUGUAGGGCCUUGGGUGCCUUGCCCAGCCCUUGAUGGAGUGGCUGCCCCUCCGGCCCAGGCACCAAAGGGGUGCCUCGCACACCCAUCCUCGCUGGAAUGUAAGCAGCCCUGAACCGACCCCUGCCCUCGCCCUCACCCUACCUCUGAAGUUGUCCAUUUUGAUUUCCUGGGAAGCGGCUAGCGAGGGGGCCUGGACCCAACCCAAGGGUGCAGAGGGGCCCAAGGGCUCCUAACCUGAUGGGAAGACAUUUGAACAGUGCAGAACGAAGGCGCUACAACCAGAAAAACAAACGACAAACAACCCUCUGAGAAGACAGGCAGCGUGGAAGGCAUGGUGGAGAUGACUCGGACAUAAACUAUGAUUCUAGACCAAAAAACAAAAAACAAAAAACAAAAAAAAAACCCAAAAAAAAAACCCCAAAAAAACAAAAAAAAAGAAAAAAGAAAAAAAAGUUAAGAAAAGAAAAUCCGGGACUUACCGCCACCCAAUUAAUCUUGCUUUUUCCUGUUCAAGUCCCCACCCUGGUGUGGAGGAGUGGGGCAAAGAGGAGGAAGCAGGGACAGGGAUGGGGCAGACGCCCUGACAUUGGUGGAGGGGACCCCCAUGCAGCUGGGGCUGGUGGGGACCCUCCCCGUCCAACCCCCACACUGGGAAAUGAAAAACAAGAAAAAAAAAUUCCUGGGAGGGGGAAAAAAAUAACCAAAUCCCAAGCUUUAACUACAGCUGUGAAACCAAAUAUCGGGAAGGGGGUGGGAGGGUGGGAGGGAGGGGCAGGUGAGCCCCAGGUCUCCCCCCACCCCGGGCCCCUCUUCCCCGAGGACUCGAGAUAAGGCACCAAAUACCUCAUAGAACUUUAAUGUUAAAAAAAAAAAAAAGAAAGAAACCAAAUAUCGUUGGCUGGGGGCCGGCCAGGGCAAGGGGCUGGGGGCUGGAGGGAGCCAGGUUUGCUUAGGUGGUGGAGGACUGCCAGUCUCUCCCACCCCCACCUGCCCCUUCCACUCCAGUCACCCCAGUCUCCGACUCCAGGAAACAAAACUAUCUCAUCGUUUUUAUUUUGUGGUCUGUACAGAGCCUGUGUCCGUGUGUCUGUGUGUGAGCGAGAGUUGGAAGGCUAUGGAGGUUUAUGUGGAGUGGGGAGUUUAGACCGCAGGCCAGGUUCUGCCCCGGCUUGGAUGUCAGGUGGUGGACCAGGGGCCUGGGCUAGAGAGGGAGGUGAGUGUGGAUGAGGGGGAGAAGAAGAGCUUUCCAUUUCUCUUCUGCCAGCCUUGACCCCUGCUUAAGGGAGAGACAGAGAGAGGCUGGCCUGCCCUUUGGUGGGCCUUUUGUGCCAAAAAUAAAUAAAUAAAUAAUGCCAGUAACUAAACCACCUCUCUGCUCCCUUCUGGAGGUCAGGGUAGGGACUAGAAGCAGGAGAAACGGGUUGGGUGUGUGUUUAGGGGAGGGUGAGGUAUGGGGUCUCCAAGCCCCUUCCCCUGGGGCGCGCCAGCCAGGGACUAGUCAAGUCAGGGGCAUGACCUGUUGACCUGGCUUAGUUCUUCUCCUCCAGCCCGGUCCCAGGGUGCCUCUCUCUCCCUCACCCAGGGGAAGGACUGUAAGACAGAUGAGCACGAUUGAGACACGCGGGCCUCCACCGGUCUCUGAGUGGGAAAGGCAAGUGCGAGAGAUAAAGGCCUCCAAGAGAAAAAAAGAAACAAACCAAAGAUUUAACCAUUAAAAAAAUAAAUAAAAAAUAAUAAAAAAAAAAAACCACAGACAACUCCGCUACCUUUUUAUACGUUGGGGAAAAAAGUGAAAAAAAAAGAUAGAAUAAAAACUAAAACAAAAACAAAAAAAAAAAGAAAAAAAACAACAAAAAAAGAAAACAGAAACAAAAAACCCACAAAAAACUUCAAACCGCGGUUCUUUUGUGCGGUUUAAACUUUGACCUCAGCAGUCUCCAAAGCAAGACGAUGAUGACAAAGGCGAAAAAGAAAAAAAAAAAGAAAAAAUAAUGUAUAUUUUUAAGUAUUUGUCCUUGGUGUUAGCUCCUUCCUAAAAAACAAAAGGAGCAAAAGGAAAAAAAUCCAGAUAAGUGUUGCUGGAAUGGAGACAACUACUUACUUUGUCUGUGAGCCCCCAUUCCUCUGCCCCACCCCUCUAGCCCUGCUACCCUUCCCCCAACCUGCCCUCCAAGGCUAGGGGCUUAAUAUUUAUUUAUUUAUGUAAUUGCAGGGUGACAGUGGCUUCUCUUGAACAGAGGUCCUUUGGAUCGUAGCUGGGCAGGGGAGGGGGCAGGCAUCUUUGGGGGUCUGCUGGUCUGAUCAGCCACCCUGGCUUCUAGUAAUAGCCAGCCACAGCCACCAAAACCUCCCAAGGCCAAGGCCAAGGGCAGUGAACACUCUACCUAGUAUCUGGCUGGCUCCACCCUUUAGGUGUGGCUGUCUUCCACCUAGGAAUGCCCAAGUGGAGACAGGAGUCGGGAGCCAUGGUAAGUAGUGGCCAGGGUGGGGGCCCUGGAGUGACCUGCCUCUCCUCCAGGCCCAUCGAGGUAGCCCCUUUUGGUUGUCAGACCCCUGUGUUGCAGCCCCUCGGCUCCCCUCCCCUCCCAGAUCCCUUCCCUGUCUCUUCUUGUGGUAGCGGGUUAGUGUUUCCGUGUUUUUAACCUCAAUCUGCUUGUUCAUUGUACAAUGUGCUUCUUUUAAGGCCCCGUUUUUGUAACUUGUGUCAUUCAUCUGAACCACAAACAUCAAAAAAAUAAAAAACUAAAAACUGUACAGAGAGAAAUGA